AUGUCAGUCCAAGGUCCAGGAAUAGCAGACCUGGAAAAAGAACUAGUCUGCUCGAUCUGCACCGAACUCCUCUACCAACCCCUAACCCUCCUGGACUGCCUCCACACCUUCUGCGGCUCCUGCGUGAAAGAAUGGUUCAACGCCCAAGCCUCGCGACGAUCACAUCCAAGAUUCACCUGUCCAUCAUGCCGCGCCGAAGUCCGCGGGACGCGCCCAAAUGCAACGGUGACAACACUCCUCGACAUGGUGCUAGGCGUUCACCCCGAUCGUGCUAGAUCAACAGAAGAAAAGGCCGAAAUCGCCUUGCGGUAUACACACGGCGAGUCGGUAUUUCCUGCUGUGCCCUCGGGCGGGGAGAGCGCGGAGGAUGACGAGGAGGAUACCCGCAUGCUACAAGAAGUGCGGGAGUUAAGUCUUCGGGAAAGUCGGGCACAAGCUAGACGGGAGACUCGGCGGACUGCGGGGCAUUCUUCACGAACGCGUGAUAGGAGCGGUCAUACCGAGAGACAUGAGGAUGGACGGUCCAGACGGCGGCGGGAGGAUGAUGCCCGACAGCGCACGUUCCGGCCUGGGGAUUCGGAUCGCACACGUCGUAUCGAGCACCAAUCCAGUCUGCGAUCGCUUUUGAGUUUAUCGUCGGAUGCGGAGACGAUGGAGGAAGAAAUCUUGCGACAGAUUCUCGAAGAGGGCUUGCUGGAUGAUAUUGAUCUUGAUAAUCUGGGCCCUAGACAGGAGGAAGAGCUGAGCGAGCGCAUUGCGGAUGCGUAUCGGCGCAGGCAUAUGCAGCGAUCUAGCUCGAGACAGAGACAGGAACGGAGACCGUCGCCUGAAGGGAGUGCACGAACGCAGACAAGAUCGCAGUCCGCACAGAGAGAGGCUGCGCCUGCUCCGUCCUCUCGUGAACAUGGUGACAGACGGCCACCUAUUUCUCGGCCACAUCUAUUUGACUCGGCGCCUGCACGCCCGAGUAUCUCGAAUCACCAGAGACGCAACUCGGAGGUUUCUGGGCGCCGACGGACUUCGCCUGUUCGAUCUAACCAGGCUUCCGCAUCGGACGAAGCCAUACGGCCUGCUGUUCGUGCUUCGAGCGAUAUGACUGCGGAUCGGGUUCUUGGUUCGCAGACUUCGAGAUUGAGAUCCGAAUCUUCGUCAGCUAGGACUCGGCGUGCUACCGAAUCGGAAAAUGUCUCUGGGGCUUGGAUGGCUGCAGGACGAGAACGAAGUUCUUCUAGGCAGGUUUCCAGUCAAUCUGCUACUAAUUCGCCGUCUGUAGCCACGCCUACAGACCACACUACUCAUUUGUCUUCUCCACUUGUUCCUCUUAGAUCUGAAAGAAGGUCCAGGCCUUCUUCAUCCCGAUCUAAUGUUCCGACUGUGACCAAUGCACAAUAUCCUGAACCGUCUAUUUCAUGUGACGGAUGUGAUAAGAAAGACAUCCAGUACAUUCUCCACAAGAGGUGCACACAGUGCAAAGGUGGAAACUUCCAUCUAUGUCUACGCUGCUAUCGCGAAGGAAAGGGCUGUUUCCGGUGGGACGGCUUUGGUGCAUCUGCUCAUACGAAUUUCCAAAAGAUAUUGUCGUUCUCUACUCGACGCCAAGUCCAAAUUCCCGAUGGUGGUCAUGUGCUAGUCUGGUUCAAAUAUCAACGCCCUUCAGAGACAGCCCAGCAAACAAUCAACGGAGAGAGAAUUUUGACCAGCGACAAUCCCGCCAGUCGUCUGCAAAGCGGCCUCUUCUGUGAAACGUGCCAAUCACCGGCAAAUGACUGCUUCUGGAAAUGCAGCAAAUGUAACGAGGGAGACUGGGGCUUCUGUAACAGCUGUGUCAACCAAGGCCGAUGCUGUACCCACGCACUUCUUCCAAUUCGACGCAUUACCCACAGCCCGACCCCUUCAGCAUCACCUUCGCCUGCCACGGAAUCAAAUCCCAUUCCACUGCCUUCCGAAAUAGAGAGCUACAAGAUUCUCUCCUUCUCAACAAACUGCGACAUCUGUACAUACCCCAUCCCGGCCUCGAACACCCGGUAUCACUGCCUAGAAUGCAACCGUGGUGACUACGACGUCUGCACCAACUGCUACUCGAAGCUAGUAGCAACAGGCAAGAUCAGCAAAGAAAACGGCUACAACGGUUGGCGCCGCUGCCUGAACAACCACCGAAUGAUAAUAGUCGGCUUCGAAGACCGCGAAGAAGGUCAACGCCGCGUGAUCGUCAACGAUCUGGUCGGCGGCCGCGCCCUCAAAGACGAACAUGUCCUCCAACCCCGAUCCCAACCCCACGCCCAGUCCCCAACCUCAUCCCCAGCAACAGGCGGUCCAGGCGCAUCCCCGGAAUUGGGAAUGGGAGAAUGGAACUGGAAAGAUGGACCUGGACUGGAACGCCGAAAGAAAGCCUCACGACUCCGCGCCGGCCCUCCUUCUACAACCGAUCUCUCAACCACGGCCUCACCAAGUCCUAUCCAGAAUAACCCCCCUUUCCGCCGAUUCCCACCGGAUGGAGGGGUAGGCCUCAUCGUCUAUGCAAAGUGGGCCUUCUACCCGGACGAUGAUGUCGAAGACGAGCUUGUGUUCCCUCGUGGUGCGGAUAUCACUGAAGCAGAGAAUAUCAAUGAUGAUUGGUUCUGGGGGUGUUAUGCUGGUCGUACUGGUCUAUUCCCCGGGACGCAUGUUGUGGUUAUGCGUGAGGUUAAGUAG